CCUCCGCCUUCGCGCGGUGCUUGCUGGCCUCCACAGCCUCCGUAGCCCCGCCCACCAGGGAAGCUGCGCGAGAGCAUCGGCGUCUCUCUACAGCAACAUGAAGCCCCCGCAGCGGCGGCGGUCUGCCCCUGCGCGCUAUCUGGGCGAGGUGACCGGCCCUGUGCCUUGGAGCCUUCGCGAGAAGCGCCAGCUACUGCGACUACUGAUGGCGCGGCGGGGCCAGCCGGAGCCAGACGCCGCCGAGCUGGCCAGGGAGCUGUGGAGCCGAAGCGAGGCCGAGGUCCGCGACUUCCUCCAGCACCUCAAAGGCCGCGUGGCCCGCGAGGCCAUUCAGAGGGCGCAUCCAGGCGGCCCUCGGGGUCCAAGGCGCCCGCAGGCGCAGGUCCUGGCCCCCAUUGAGGUGAGGCGAGCGGGCAGGCCAGGGGAGGGGUGCGCCCGCGCGCUGGGCGCCGGCCCCGGCUGCCCGUGUCCCUCGGGCUUCCCCCAGGUGUGGACGGACCUAGGAGAGAAGCUGACGGGCCCGCUCGAGGAGCCGCUGACGGCAGCCUUCUCCCAGGUGCUCACCAUUGCGGCCGCAGAGCCGCUCAGCCUGCUGCACUCCAAGCCCCCCAAGCCCACGGCAGCCCGUGCAAAGACCCCGCGCCUGGGCGCCGCCACAGGGCAGCAGGGCCGCACCCCUGACGUUUGCGGCCUCGCCGUCGGCCCUGCACCUCGUGCGUCCGGCGCUGCCUCGGUGACCCUUGGCCCUGCCCCGGUGGCCUCUGGUUCUGCCCCUUCUGCAUCGAAGCCAGCCCCCGAGGUCCCUGGCCCCACCCCUGAGACCCUCGGCUGUGUCCCUGAGGCACCUGCUGAGUCCCUGGCGGUCCCCUCCCCGGAGGGAGACCUCACCGUGGACUUCGAGAAGAUCUACAAGUACCUGUCUUUCUCCUCCCGGAGUGGCCAGGGCCCAGAGCUCUCCGCAGCUGAGUCGGCUGUGGUCCUUGACCUGCUCCUGUCGCUGCCCGAGGAGCUGCCCCACCUGCCCUGCACGGCCCUAGCUGAGCACAUGACCAAGACCUAUGACCGCCUGAUGGCCCCAGAGCGCAGCCCCUGUGGUGGGAGCGCCGGGCCCGGAGCUGAGGAGGGCCCUGGCUCCAGGGUGCCGGAGGAGCCCAGCCAGGGCCCCCAUGGAGCCCCUGAGCACAGUACGCCCAGCGAAUUGAGGUCGGCCUGGCAAGCAGCCGGCGUCUGCCCUCUGAACCCGUUCCUGGUGCCCCUGGAGCUCCUGGGCCGGGCGGUCACCCCAGCACGGUGAGGCCCCGUGUAUCUGGCAGGUGGCAGAUACACGGAUCCCCUGGCUGGCAGUGGACCGUUGUGAGGAUCGUCUGGAAGCUCGCUGGGGGACCCGGUUCUCAGCCGUGGGUGCAGAAUUUGGAUGCUGCGUGCCUGGGGGUUUUGGAAAUGGAAUCCCAGUGGUCCAGGGUUCCCCGGCAGCCAGGCAGCCGAGGCACAGUCCCCCCCAAGCCCAGCUGUGACUGUGCCAGGCCUUUGGGGAGAGGGCAGAGCUGGCCCCCCACACCAGCACCCGUCGCACGCCAUCCUCUGCUUAGGCUCCCGUUUUCUUCCCCCACCCUUCCUGUACCUGAGACCCAGCAUCCCUCCGCCCUCCGCAGCUGACGGCGCCACCCCACGCCUCACGCCUUCCUGGGGCCCCGUCACCUGGAAUAAAGUUCUUGUCUACCUGCUUU